UCUAUUUUUGUCGCAGUGUUUUGCAAAAGACGAAAUAUGUACGUAUCAACGAAGUAUUGCUUUAGCCGCAUCGGUGGACGCCGAUGCAUUGUUCCAGUUCUACUUGAAGACUUUAACGAUGAUCAAGUAUCGAUUAUUUCCAACCUGACGUUUGUUAACGCCGUAGGAUCGGCAGCUUUUGAUGUUUCAAGUAGGAUUGCAGAAUCGGUUGCAUGUUCAGAUUUGUAUGCGACCAUGUUUCCUGGUGAAUGUACAAAUGUGUUUUCGAGGUUUGAAAAUGGCUACAGUGUUGAACUUCCUUUACAAAGAGACAAUAUUAGGUUCAACAGACCUGCUAAGUAUAGGUUUCGUAUCGACAGAGAUGUUUUGACCUUGCUAACAGACAGCCACAUGAAGGUCCCUGAUGGCUUACUGAAAGACGUUGUGAAGUUUGUGAACAAGGAAGCCAUUAUGAAGUCUUAUUACUUUCUAAUGAAACGUAACAUUUGCUGCUGGGUGUUCUUCCUACUUCCGCCAAUGUUGAUGUUGCUAGGCGCUUUGGUAUAUUUUAUAGUCAUUGUUUCCACUUGUACACAAGAAAGACCUGACAAUGAAACACCUCACUUUGAUUUAGAUGGUGUAUUAGGAAUGUUAGGAGUGGCGCUUGGUGAAACAUAUAUUGCCAUUUUGAUUGCGAUGGUGUGUGCUGUUCCAAAACUGUGCCAUCGAGAAAAGAGAGACAUAGACCUCCAGGUUAAAAUAUAUAGCCGUUUCUCAAGACGAUGCAUAAAAAUGACAUCUUUAUUGUCUUCAGCGGACGGAAAGACCGUCGACCAAGUCUUCGCGUAGUCAGGUAUAACUUCGGCAAAUGUCAGGACUACCUUGAAAACAUUAUUAGAGGAUAUAACAACAUAACUGCGGAUGAAAAUAUCUCACCAAAGGAAUACAUUGAAAACUUAAUUGAACAAUAUGCAAUAAAAAUGUCAAAAGUGAUGUCCAAAAGUUAUGAUGACCUUCCAGAUGCAUCGUACAACCGACACAACGUUAAAAAGGGAAAGAUGUGUUUGUGUCAAAAGAUAGAGAUGUAUCUACGCACUGAACAACAAAGACAGGGGACAAACGCAACACAAUAACUUUUAAACAUCGCCUUACAACAUGUAUACAGUAACAAAUAAAUCACGUGCGACAACGAAAAUAACAGCAAAACAACGAAAAUCAAACAACAGGCGACAUAACUCAUUACACCAGAUAUAAAUUGUUCCAAUAUGUAAAUUCCGAGUAUUCAUUUAGAACCACUUUAGCACCCUCGUUGUUUGCAGUAUUGAACAUUUCAGUGGAUUUAUUUUAAACAUAAUGUGGUGAAUAUGAGUGGAUUAUGCAUUUUGUUAGGGUAACAAAAAGCCAAAAUAACGGGAUAUCUAUUGACGACAAAGUUAAAUGAUAUCGGUGAUGUAUUAGAACCCUAGAAGUCGGUGAUGACAAACAUUUUUAAUAUUUGUAUCAAGCUUUCAAAGACAUUUUUUCAGAAUGGCCAUUUGUCUAAAUUAUUCUUCAAUGUCUAGUGUAAAGCAUUUUGAACGUGUAUAAUCAUGAAAACAAUAAUUUAUAAAAGUUUACUCUGGUAUAAUAAAAGAAAUAAUUCGUAAGCCACUUAGAAAUUAAGUACAGUGAGUCGAUGGUAUAAACAGCUAUUCAAGGCAGACUGAUUGUCUAAUAAAAUAUAUAUGUACUGAAAAACAGCCAGUAUUUUCAUAAAUGAAUACAAAACCCUGUAUUCAACUCCUAUCGAAAACGGAGAAAUAUUCAACGGCUACUUUUUUAGUAACGAUGUUCCUUGCGUCAAAAAGUUCACCGUUUCACACGAGUUUUUUUUGUCUUCUGGUCCAGCCUACUAAGUUCGGGCCAUCAUCGUAUUAUGUAUGGCAGGUUUAGCCCCUUCUGAGAUUGGAAGGGAUUAUAUUGACAUUUAUACAGAGAAAGGGGGUAUAUUUAUAGUAAUUGUAGAUAUCCGGCACGGAACAACUACUCCAGAUACCCGAUCUUUUGUUCAAACAAGGACGUGUACUUGCAUAUUUAUAUACAGUAGGGUUAUAUGUUUCAGUCAUAGGAGCUAACAUUCCAAAUAUGUUUAAAGUAGUGAAAUAAAGUUUGAACAUU